CUUCUUAAUUACGAUCUUAUCAGUUUACUGUUUACAGUAAAGAAACAGGGUAGAGUUGGGAAGCAAGAAAUGGCUUUGCCUAAGGUCCUAGUUUCAUUGAUGCUUUUAGUUCUGCUCAGCAAUACUUAUAGUAGUGAGGCCGAUGAGCUCAAAUGUCCUGUACCAAAAUCACCAAAAGCUUCUGUUAACAGAGUUUCUGCUGAAUCCGCACCCGUUCUUGUACCAGUUCCACCAACUCCGCUUAUUUAUGUUCCACACAGAAAGCUUAUUGCAGUUCAAGGUUAUGUUUCCUGCAAGUCAUGUGCAGAUGCUGGUCACAAUGCCAUUAUGCGUGGUCUACCACUCCCAGGUGCUACGGUGAAGAUGAUAUGCCACGGCAAGCCCAGAGAUAAUGCACUAGUACUAUUUGCUGUGACAGACAAAAAAGGUUAUUUCUUCAUCCCACCAACAAAGAAGGUGAGUGAUCAUGGUGCUCGACAGAGGUGCAAAGUCUACUUACAUUCAGCACCAGCCCACUCCAAAUGCCAACACUCAACACACAUACACGGGGGUCUAAGUGGUGCUUACUUGAGGCUUACCGUUCCACCAAAACCUCUACCUUUUGCUCUCUUCACGGUCGGUCCCUUCGCCUAUGAACCACUUCCAUCAGCAUGCCACAAAGUUUAGAGUUAUUCUGGAGCCAUUAAUAGAGAGUUACAUGAUGUGUGACAUCCUUGUGCUUUUUUAGGAUAGGAUUUAAUGUAGUGCCCAACCAAUAUGUACUUGUUUUCUUUUGUUUGUAAGCUGGGUAGCGUCAUGUUGUUUUUCGCCGUUUGGCUUGGUAUCUACCUUCUUUGAUGAUGAUUAUGUCUUCAAUAAUAUGUGUUUUCUACCAA